AUGGGAAUUCCUGGGCUUGUCAGUGCCAUUGGCGCUGGUGAGCGUAUUGCGCUAUCAAAAUUGGCAGUGUCGCACCUAGAGCGCGAGUCGAGGCCUAUUCGAAUUGCGGUCGAUAUUUCCAUCUGGCUUUUUCAAGUCCAAGCUAGUCGUGGGGGUAGAAAUCCAGAGCUCCGAACCUUGUUCUACCGGCUUUUGAAACUGCUCGCCUUGCCAAUCCACCCUCUUUUUGUCUACGAUGGUAGACAGAAGCCUCCCUUCAAACGAGGCAAGUCGACUCGAGGCCAUGGUAAUGCGCCGAUCAUCCAGAGAUCCAAAGAUUUAAUCAGCCACUUCAAAUUCCCUUGGCAUGUCGCGCCAGGUGAAGCUGAGGCAGAAUGCGCGCGACUGCAAGAGGCCGGCGUCGUAGAUGCUGUGAUGAGUAAUGACGUUGACACCUUGAUGUUCGGUUCCACCUUCAUGAUCAAGAGUUUCUCAAAGGAAAGCGGCACCGGUUCAGGCGCCGCAACUCACGUCACUCGCUAUAAUACGAAUACGGACAACCAGUUCUAUUCUCCAAAUGUGCCUUUCAAUCGAGCAGGGAUGAUCUUGAUUGCCAUGCUCAGCGGCGGUGACUACCUGCCGUCUGGUGUGCCAAAAUGCGGAAACAAGUUGGCGGCCGAAAUCGCCAAGGCCGGCUUUGGUGAAGAUCUUCUCGAGAUCAUUACUUCGCGUUCUCCGGAUAUGGAGUCGGAAUUGAAUGACUGGAGAGAUCGUUUGCAGUUUGAACUGGAAGAGAACGAAAGCGGGUAUUUCACGACCAAACACAAGGCCGUCCGGAUUCCGAAGACUUUUCCUGACCAAACAAUCCUACAAUACUAUGCCGAGCCCAUUGUGUCCAACAAGGACGGAAUGGAAACCUUGAGAAGGAGCCUGAGACAUGCGUGGGAUCAAGACAUUGAUCCGCUGGCAAUCAGAAGCUUUGCCGCGGAGCACUUCGAGUGGAAAUACCGGUCCGGAGCAAGAAAGGUGAUCAGAAACCUAUCAGAGCCUCUUUUGUCUUACAGACUUCGUCUGCAACGACCCGUGCUUGACCUGACCAAUGGUACACUGGCGCCUGAUUGCGAUACGCCAUGGCUUCAGAAAUUUUACAGAAGCCGGGCAAACUUUGGCACAGACGGCAUGACGGAGCUUCAAACCGAUUUUUUGCCAAUCGAUGUUGUUGGCAUCGAUCUACUCGCAGAGACACCCAACCCUCAGGCCGUGCCGGAGAUUGAGCCUUCUCAAGACAUGGUGGAUCCAGUAGAGCAAGAAGAUGAUCCAGAAGCGGCCGAUGAGUUAGUACCACCGUCACCCUCCAAAUCGCGGGUGACACCCCGCUAUGACCCGAUGGCAGUUCAGAAAAUUUGGAUAUUCGAAACGAUAGCCAAACUUGGGGUUCCUGAUAUUGUCAAGAGCUGGGAAGACGAACAGACUAAGAAGGCCAACAACAAGGCUGCUCCGAAGAAAACAACCAGUCGACGGACAGGGCCCAAAAAGAAGGGUCCUAUCGACCCAGGAAUGAAACGAGGCAGCAUUUUGAAGUACGGCACCCUCACCAAGGAAAAACACGAGUUGUCUCCUCCCGUCAAGACGCGCUUGCUGGAAGCCGCUAUGCCCAGUACGACAGCGAAAAACGAAACGUCAGAUUUUCCCAAUGGUUCCUCCUCCACUGAGUCCAUCGAUCUCGAGGAGUAUAAUUCCUCUCCGAGCAUGUAUCCGGAGCAACGAGAUCUCCGCUAUGGGGUCCUUUCUUCGCAAGAGGUAGAUGAUCUCGUGGGAACAUUCUCGAACUCGUGCACAAUAUCACCAACACCUACAGCGAAAUGCCAUCCUUUAGCGACUCGAGGAAGUGUACGAGCUCGAGCUAGCGUCCUGGCCACUGGUGAGGCUGUGUUUGAUGAAGUCUUCUCUCCAGUCGUCGAUACAUCUGUUUCGCCCGCCCCCAGACGCCGCAGGGUAAUCAAGAUGGAUCAUUUGGCUGCAAAGCCGGAAUACAAAAACAACCGUCUUGCACACCCAGCCCCGUCACCCAAAAUGUCCAACAACAGAGAAAAAAAGGCAAAUGAGGUAGAAGACCUGGAAAAGGCGAUCAGCUCCUUGUCGCUAACGGUAACCCAUCGUGAUGAGCAUCUUGAGAAGCCACCCCGUGGUCGCUCCCAGAGACCCAGUGCCACGGAUCAAGCGAAGGACAAGCAGAACAAAUCCAUUCCAAGCCUAGGGAAGCUUGAUUAUUUAGUGCCAUCAGGGGAGACUUCCACAAGGCGGAGUCCUUGCACGAGCCGUUCUCGACAUAAAGUUCUGUUGAAGAACAACGAUCAUAAAGAAAGCCCGCCCUCACCAACACAGUCUUGCGAAGAACCGGAAAAAGAGCCAAAAUACUCCAAGAAACAUGCUGAAAGUUCGGAACUUAAACAGACAACUGGCCACGCCGACAGCAUCAGGACUUUCAACGGUUUUUGGUGUGAAGUUGAUGAGUUGACUGAAUCUUUCCGAGAAUGUACGACAGAGGGCGAGAAAAAGAAGAAGCGACCUCCCCGAAUCAGCAUCGUGGACAUGAUUUGA